ACAUAACUAGGUAGCUACAUCUGUAUGUACAUCCAUCCAUGAUAUUACCCCAAAAGUUACAAUACACCUCUCGUGCUUCCUCUGUGCGCGACUUCCUAACAGGGAGCAAGAGAGGAAAGAGCGGGGGAAAGGACGGGGUCAAGUAACAAUUAAUUCGAAACUUGAAACUCUGAAAAUACCUUACAUACAUUGGUAUAUAUACGGUACCUUACUCACCUAUCUACGUAGGCACGUCAAUUAUAUCGCUCAUUCCCAAAUAUCCACCUUGUCACUUCACAAAACCGCGCAAACUCGGGGAAGCGAAUCCUGGAAAAGGGAUCAAGAACUCCAAAAAGAAAACAAACCAGAACAAACACCAACCAACCAGCUGCCAACCAACGCACCAGUGGCGCCGCAUCAGAGCAAGACACUGUUGAUCCAUCGAUGAUCCUCGACCGUUCUAAGGCCUACACGUAUGCAUACAUAGGUCGAUCGUUCGAGCUCCUCACCUCCCAGCCAAGCGAAUCGUCAGGCACCGGCUUUUAUCCAAUACCUGAGCGCGCAGUCCAAAUCCCAUAUUUGCACACCUUUCUCCGCCCUUCCGAUAUUGCCUCGACCAUAUAGCGAGCAUUCAGUACUCCUCUUUUCUUCCCAUACAUAUCACCGCCCACGCACACACACAUAAUACGAUACGGAGACAUACAUACAUACAUACAUACGUACCGCAGCCAUGUCCGGUCCAAACCCCCUCUCGAAUCAGCGGCAGCGCGACCGGCCCCAGGGAUCCCAGACGCAAGUUCAGACGGAAGCGCCCACGGGCUCCGGAACCCAGACCGGCACCGAGGCCCCGGCCCCCGCUGCCCCCGCGAUCCUGCGCCUGCGCGGCUCCCACCCGCCCUCCGACCACCGCGUCCAGUGGGCCGAGUCCGUUAUCGACAACGAGGGGUUAGGUCGGAAGCGGUCGAAAGUAUGCUGUAUAUACCACGCCCCGCGCCAAGUAGGCGAAUCCUCCGACGAGUCCUCAGGCGACGAUUCCUCCUCCUCCUCAGACUCUGAUUCCGACUCCGACCGUGGCAUCCCCGACGACCCACGAGACAGGGCGAUAGCGGCGCGGCGGAGACAGCAGCAGAACCAUAAUCACAACCACAACCACAACCAUAACGACGGAGAAUGUUCGGGCGACAGGAACCAGCGCAGGCGCAGACCGAGCCCUAACGCCUACGAACGCCAACCGAAACCCAAACCCCGGUCGAACCCCGGGGGCGACGGACGGAACCCUGGCAGUCGCGGAUCCCCUGGUGCUGGGAGGGGGACUCGGUAAAAAUGAACCAAGGGGCUGGCUUAUUCUGGUGGAAAAGAAACUAGUGGGACGGUUGGGUGCCGACGCCGCCCUAGGAUUUAAUACGGGAUUCAUGAAGAUGUGACACUAUCCGGAAAAGGGAGGAGGGAGAGGAGGGAGUAUAUAAGGGGAUAAUAGCGUAGGAACCACACGCUACAAGGAGGGAGGCCGGCAUUUGGCGGGACGAAUCUCUUUUCGGAGGAUUAAUCGGAUCGGUCUGUAAUAGGUACAACCCGAGGAGUAGACGAUAUUGGAUGGCCUACACUGUCGCUGCUACCGUUAACAGGGAGGGAGUCGGGAGGUGGAAACAAAAGGGCAUAGCAUGUAGUACGGAUGUAUGUAACGAGUAUACCCAAAUCGCAAAUAGGGGGGAAGGAAGGCUUGGCAAUGCCGCAUCAGAUUCAUUCACGAUAUCAAAAUUCCAACAGAGCGAACAAAGCAAAGUUACGCAUGGCACAAACGCACAGGCAUACACAAUCAC